AUGCUGAUCAAGGGCAUCAGGUCCUUCAGCCCCGACAAUCAGGCCGUCAUCGAGUUCUACAGGCCACUCACCCUCAUUGUGGGUCACAAUGGAGCGGGAAAGACGACCGUCAUUGAAUGCCUCAAGAUGGCUUGCACGGGGGAGCUCCCGCCCAACACUCGUUCGGGGCAGAGCUUUGUCCACGACCCUAAGGUGGCUGGCGAGACGGAGGUCAAGGCCCAGAUCAAGCUCCGCUUCAUCACCGGCGCGGGCCAGCCCGUGGUGGUAAUCCGCUCCUUCCAGCUCACCCAGCGCAAGGCCAGCAUGGCCUUCAAGGCGCUGGACAAUGUUCUGCAGACGGUGAACCGCGCCACGGGGGCGCGCGAGGCGCUUUCCUACCGCUGCGCCGACAUCGACCGCGCCAUCCCCUCGCUCAUGGGCGUGUCGGCGGCGGUGCUGGAGUCGGUGGUGUUCGUACACCAGGAGGACAGCAACUGGCCGCUGGCCGACGCGCAGGCGGUGAAGAAGCGCUUCGACGACAUUUUCGCCGCCACGCGCUACACCAAGGCGCUGGAGGCGCUGCGCAAGCUGCGCUCCGAAAAGACCGCGGAGGCCAGGGAGAUGCGGCUGCGGCUGGACACCCUGCGCUCGCACCGCGAUGGCGCACGGAGGCUGCGGGGCGCGGUGGAGGCGGGCGAGGACGCGCUGGCCUCGCUGGAGGCAAGGAUCACGGAGCUGCAGCGCCGCAUCGAGACAGUCCAGGCCGAGAUGGAGACUGUCCUCCAGCAGCAGGCCGCCAUCAGGGGCGUGGAGCAGCAGCGCCGCCAGCUGGAGGCCCAGCACCAUAUGCUAUCGCAGCACAACUCCGAGAACCGCGCCCGACUGGUGAGUGCGUAUGGGGAGGAGGACGUCGGCAUCAGUCUGGAGGAGCUGGAGGAGUGGGAUGCCUCCCUUGCCCCAGAGACCCAGGCCGCCAGUGCCGAUGCCGCCAGGCUGGAGCAAAGGCUCGCACAGCGACAGGCGGAUGUUUCGGGGGCAAAGGAGCAGGUGCAACGUGCCACGAGGCGCCAGGGCCAACUCACGGCCGAAGCUGAGGCCCACGCUCGUGCCCUGGAGGAAAGGGAUGCCUUCCUUGGGAGACUGGCUGCAGGCAUGGGCUUGCCCGGGUCGCAGACUGGACUGCGAUGGGAGCAGCCAGAUGUUGAGCGGGUGGUCACGGCCUGCAGGGAGCAGGCCGCAGCCCUGGAGGCUCAGGCUGCCAGCAUGCGCAGCGCGCACGCAUCAGCCGACGCCGAGCUCAGCGCAGCGCUCGAUGCGGUGAACGCCGAGCUAGCCGGCGCGGCGGAGGGCGUGCGGCUGAGCGAGGGGCGGUUGGAGCGCAACACCGCCCUGCUCCACGAGGCUUCGGCCCGGCUGCCGCCCGCCGCGCCCAGCUCGGCGGCCGUGGAGGAGGCCGCGGCGCACGAGGCGGGCCUGGCCCGGCGCCUGGCCGAGGCAGAGGGCGUGUACCGGGUUGCCGACUUCGAGGCCCACCUCCUGGCUUGCCAGUCGGAGCUGGCGACGUUGCGCGUGCGCCUGGCGUCGCUGCGCCGGGAGCGGGACCGCGCGAGCAGCGUCGGGGAGGGCGCCACGCGCGCGCGCCUGCGCCGCACCGAGCUGACGCGCAAGCGCGGGGAGGCCGCGGCGCUGCUGGGGGCGGCGGCGCCGCUCCUGGCGGCCCUGCUGGGCCCGUACGCCCCGGCGCCGACCCCCAGCCAGAUCCGCGCUGCGGUGGAGGCUGAGGUGGAGACGCGGGCGGCAGCGCUGGCCGCGCAGCGCGGGGAGCUGGCCGCCACACAGGCGCGCGCCGCUGAGCUGGCGGGCCAGCUGGGAGGCCUGCGCGCACAGACCGAAGCAGCGCGGAGCGAGCUGGCGGAGCUGGCCGGCCGACUGCGGCGCGGGCUGGAGGGCGUGGGUGGGGGUGCAGGAGCUGCCGACGCAGCUGCUGAUGCGGCGGAUGACAUGGCGGCCGACGUGGCGCUUUGCCAGCGCCGGCUGGAGGAGGAGAAGGCCAGCAACGUGCACAAGCUGAAGACAGCCGAUGCCUUCCUGACUAUGAACGAGCGCUUCCUGAGCACCGCGCGCCAGCACAAUGCGUGCCACACCUGCGGCCGCCCCUUCCACGACGCCGGCGAGCUGGAGGCCUUCCUGGCGCGGCAGGAGCGGGAGCGCGCAAAGCUGCCCAGCGCACGCGGCGCAUGGGAGGCCGCCCUGCGCGACGCAGAGGCACGCCUGGCCCGACUGCAGGGCCUGGCGCCCAUUGCCGCACGCCACGACCGCCUGCGCGACACCACGCUGCCGGAGCUGGAGGCCGCCUGCAGCGGCCUAGAGUCGGCGCUGGCCACCGCGCGCGGCGAGGCCGAGCUGCGGGAGGAGGGCGUGGCGGAGGCCGUGCACCUGCUCCAGGAGGCGCGGGGGCUGCUCGAGACCGUGGCCUGGCCGGCCGACAAGCUGGCGGCGGAGAUCAGCGACCUGGAGGCGGAGAUCGGCCAGCUGAGCGGGAGCGUGCAAGCCAGUGCCUCCCAGGCCUCGGUCGCCGACCUGGAUGCCGAGCUGGCGGCCUUGGAGCGCGAGCGCCUGUCCGCUGAGGCGCGGCGGGAGGAGCUGCUGGCGCGGCAGUCCGCGGCGCGCGAGCUGCUGGCCUCCCUGGCCGCCGACCUGGCGGCCGCGCGCGAGGAGGCGCUGACGCUGCGCGCGGCCGCGCAGCGCGCCGCCGACCUGGCCGCCCGUGUGGCGGAGCUGCGUGCCGAGGGAGAGGCGCUGCGCGCCGGCGUGGAGGAGGCCCGGUCGGCGCACGCGCCGCGCCUGCGGCGCCAGGCGCGGCUGCAGGCGGAGCGGGCGACGGCGCGGGAGCGCGCGCGCGCCGCGGAGGAGGACGCGGAGGCCGCGCGCCGGCGGGCGCAAGACGCUGUGCGGGACCUGGAGGCGCGGCUGGCGGCCGUCGCGCGGCAUGACGCCGUGCGCGGGGCGGGGGAGCUCGAGCGCGUGGAGCGCGAGCUGCAGGGCCUGGCGUUGCGGCAGUCAACGCUGGAGGCCGAGGUCCAGUCCCUGAGGGAGGAGCUGGCGGAGCUGGAGGGCUCGGCGGCCGAGCAGGAGAAGCUUCGAAGGCAGAUCCAGGACCUGCUAGCCUACCGGCGCAGCCUGUCGCAGGAGGAGGGCAUGGCCCAGGAGCUCGCCAGCCUGGCGCAGACCAUGGGAGCAGAGGAGGUGUUGGGGGAGGAUGGGGAGAGUCUGGAGGCCCGCGGCCUCCAGCUGCAGGAGGAGCUGGCGAGGCUCAGGUCCAAGCAGGACCAGAGCGUGGGCUCCCUGCGCACCAUCCGGGAUAACGUCCAGAGUGCGCAGACAGACCUGGACGAGCCGCAGUUCCAGGGGAUAGACACGCGAUACCGCAAGCAGCUGAUCGAGCUGAAGACCACCGAGCUGGCAAACACCGACCUGGAGAAGUACCACAAGGCCCUCGAGAAAGCGCUGCUUAGUUUCCACACCACCAAGAUGCAUGACAUCAACAAGGCCAUCAAGGAGCUGUGGCAGCAGACGUACCGGUCAGCUGACAUUGACUACAUUCAGGCACAUGCCGAGGGCGCGGCAGGCCGAUCGUACAACUACCGGGUGGUCAUGUACUGCGGAGGCGCCGAGCUGGACAUGCGAGGGCGGUGCAGCGCUGGGCAAAAGAUCCUGGCAUGCUUGAUCAUCAGAUUAGCACUGGCAGAGACGUUCUGCCUCAAGUGCGGCAUCCUGGCUCUGGACGAGCCGACGACAAACCUGGAUGCAGCAAAUUCGGCGAGCUUGGCAGAGGCGCUGCGGCAAAUAAUUCUUUCCCGACAGAGCCAGGAGAACUUCCAGCUCAUCGUCAUCACGCACGACGAGACCUUCGCAAGGUUGAUUGGCAUUCGCGAGCAUGCGGAGUACAUGUGGCGAAUCACAAAAGACGAAAACCAGCACACACUCGUCACACAGGAAGAAAUAAUGUCAUGA